AUGAUGGAUCCUCGUUCGCACCCUUCGCGUCCCCCGUCCACCAGCAUGCCCCAGGGCUCCACGCCCCUGUCAUCGACACCCAUCACCAGCAUGCCGAUGCCUCAGUACUCGAUGCAGCCCCAGUAUCCGGUCUCCCAGCCGCAUACGCUGCCUCCUCUCCAGCCGCAUCAUACUCAGUCGCCCGCGCCGCACCCCUACAUGGGUCAGCCGUACCGACCAGACCUGUCUCGGUUCCCCGCAUCGACUCACGACGUGUACGGGGCUUCGACGGCCCCUAUUAUGCCGCACACGACUAACCAUCACACCCAGUCUUACCCUCCGCCUCCAAGUGUGUUGCCUCCCGCGUCUGCCGCGCAGAGCUACCCGCAGCCCAUUGCUCCCGCUCCCCCGCGCGACCGUCGGGAUUUCAAUGGCAUGCCUUCCGGUGCUUUCAGCUACUCCGAUGGCAAGUCCUGGGGUAUGACUCCCGACGUGAAUGGCGCCAACGGCUCGCCGUACGGACCUCCUAAGGAUCAGCCACGCACGCAGGUCGUGGGCUCUCAAGGCCGCCGUGGCAUUCUGCCGAGUGUUCCGGGCCGCGCGACCCCGGUGACCAACGGUGUCAAUGGCUCCGCAAAGAGCACCACCAUUCCCGCCAAGGAUGCCGAUGGCAAGUUCCCUUGCCCGCACUGCAACAAAACCUACCUGCACGCGAAGCACCUGAAGCGUCAUCUGCUGCGCCACACCGGUGAUCGCCCUUACAUGUGUGUUCUCUGCAAGGACACCUUCUCCCGCAGUGAUAUCUUGAAGCGUCACUUCCAGAAGUGCUCCAUCCGUCGGGGUAACCCUACUGGCGCGACUCACCUGUCGCACCCCCACGCUCAUCUCAAGCGUUCACAGCAACAGGCAGCCGCGGCGUCGGCGGCGGCGGCUAACACCGCUAAGCCUAUUCAGGAUGAAGUCAGUAAUUCCGUCCCAUCUUCCAAUGGCGUUAUGAGUGCGCAGUUCGGCGAUGGGGCCGUGAAUGGCAACGGGUUGGCCGGUGGCCGUCCCGGAUUCACGGACCAGCAGCAGCAUCUGGGAUACGCGAUGGCGCCGGUCAACGGCAUGAACCGUGGUCCUGGUGACCACGCGUUCGCCGAACAGACCGCGGCACGAAACUCCUGGAUGGCUGCCCCCAAGCAGAAUCCGUAUCUCAUGCACCACCCCGGUGCCGAAGCCCAUGGCCAGCAACUGAGUGUUGAUCGUCCUCUUGAACAGGUAAAGCCCCUGGUCGUUCCUGACCACAAAUACCCGGUGAUGCCCGGUCACCACGCAAGUCAGCCCGGUGUUGACUGGACGACCUUCCAGCACGGUGCCGACAACGGUUACAUGAACCCCGUCUUCCCUCACUCCAUGGCUACCGGCCAGGAGUCGAUCCACGCCCCUGUCGACGCCGACCGCAAGUUCUACCCCGCCACGACCGCGGGCGGCCCCGAGAACGGUAUGAACGGUCUGUACCUGGCCUCGACCACUCUGGGCGGUGAUGGUACCGUCCAGGCCGCGAGACAGUAA